CCUCGCCGCCUUCCCACCACGACCGCCUGCCACAAUCACACUCCGUCGUCGUCGCCGCUCCUCCUCCUCCUUCUCCCCUCUCUCCUCCUCCUCCGCCUCCUCCUCCUUCCUCUACUCCGACCCGACCCUCCUCUCUUCUCCCUCCGCCCGCUCUCUCUCCGCCGCCGACUCUCUCCCUCUCCGCCCUUCCCUCCACCCUUACCUGUCUCCGCCAUGUCCAACCCCACCUCGCCCACGCCGGCCGCUGCUGCGCCGGCACCGGCAGCCGACGUCGCCGCCUCCGCCGCGGCUCCCUCGCAGGCCGAGGCCGCGGCGCCGAGCUCCUCCGACGCCUCCACGGCCGUCGACUCUGCCUCUGCCGAUGCGCAGGCCACGGCGGCUGCCGCGCCGGCGCCCGACAGCGAGGCCAGCUUGACGAUCCGCGCCCUCGUCAGCACCAAGGAGGCCGGCGUCAUCAUCGGCAAGGGCGGCGCCAACGUCGCCGAGCUGCGCGAGCGCACCGGCGUCAAGGCGGGCGUCAGCAAGGUCGUGCAGGGCGUGCACGACCGCGUGCUCAGCGUCAGCGGCACCGUCGAGGGUGUGUCCAAGGCCUACGCAUACAUCGCCCAGACCAUCCUCGAGAACCCCGUGGCCGCAGCGGCGGCGCCGGGCGAGACGCUCUCGGCGGCCGCGGGCGGCAACUUCACGUCGGUGCGCCUGCUCAUCUCGCACAACCUCAUGGGCACCGUCAUUGGGCGACAGGGCCUCAAGAUCAAGCACAUCCAGGACGUGUCGGGCGCACGCAUGGUGGCGAGCAAGGAGAUGCUGCCGCAGAGCACGGAGCGCAUCGUCGAGGUGCAGGGCACGUUUGAGGCGAUUCGCGUCGCCGUGCUCGAGAUUGCAAAGUGCCUGCUGGAGGACUGGGAGCGCGGACAGGGCACCGUGCUCUACCACCCGGGCCAGGCUGAGGGCGCCGGCGUGCUUGCCAUUGGCGGCGCCGGCGGCCUGCAGCCGCAGGGCACGCCGAACCGCCGCGCCGGCGGCGGCGCCUACCUCGCCGGUGCCGUGGCCUCGAUGACGCUGGGCGCCGGCGGCUCGCACGGCAUGGCUGCAUCGCCGCCGCAGCCGCGCCGCGCAGGCUCGGGCGAGGGCGCUGCGGCCAACGGCAGCGGUGCCUCUGCGCGCCGCACCAGCACGGCUGCCGCUGAUGCCGCCGCCUCGGGCGCCGCCGUGACGCCGGCGGGCGGUCUCGUGGCCGGCGCCAGCGACGCGGCCGGCCUCGGCGCGCCCAUCGUCGAUGCGGCGAACCAGCGCACGCAGAACAUCAGCAUCCCCUCGGACAUGGUCGGCUGCAUCAUCGGCAAGGGCGGCAGCAAGAUCACCGAAAUCCGCCGCAUCUCGGGCUCGCGCAUCAGCAUUGCCAAGGUGCCGCACGACGACUCGGGCGAGCGCAUGUUCACCAUCCAGGGCACGGCCGAGGCCAAUGAGAAGGCGCUGUACCUGCUGUACAACCAACUCGAGUCGGAGAAGGAGCGGCGCACCAGCACGGUGACCGAGGACAAGAGCGGCGACGCGGCAGUCACGGCCUGAGGGAGCAGACGAGAGCAGCAGGCAGGGUUGAAGUGGGGCAGCUCGACGGGGUCUCGCGCGGCGCAGUGGACCCGAGGUGGGAGCCAGAGGGGGAUGGCGAUGAGACACACACAAAAAGACUACAUCAAGACAGGCCGCGGUUACUGUACAGGGGCGAAGGGUCGCUGGGGCCAGACUAUAAUGGGAACGUGGGCUUUUCUCUCCGCCUGCGCUGAUGCUCCUGCUUGUGAGGUCGCUCAUGGUGCCAGAGCCUUUGUGACCGAGCGCAUCACCUGCUCGGUCACAGAGCAUGCAGGCCAGAGUCCGGCUCAGUAGCAGGCGCAGGCUAAGGUC